GUACUUUUGAAUUGGUAGAGACCGCCAUUGAUUGUGUUGGUUAUUCUAUGGAGUCUUUCAAGGAAAACAUUUCUAUCUCUGUACAGAGUCCAGUACUUAAAGACUAUAAUAAGCAAGAAACAGGAAAUAUUAUCAAGACGGACUCAUCGGAAACUAAAGAUUCAUAUGCCGUGAAAGAGUUAUACCAGACAGCUUCAAAGAGUCAAGUCCCUUUUGUAUUUUGUUCUGGCUCCUCCGAACGCUAUACUUUGUUCCCUAUUCGUCAUCCGGAAAUAUGGAAGAUGUACAAGAAACAUGAGGCUUCUUUUUGGACUGCUGAAGAAAUAGAUUUAUCGAGUGACUUGGAAGAUUGGAAGAAAUUGAAUGCAGAUGAGCGCCAUUUCAUUUCUCACGUAUUGGCUUUCUUUGCAUCUUCCGACGGAAUUGUUUUGGAGAACCUUGCAGAAAGAUUUUGUCGUGAUGUCCAGAUUCCAGAAGCACGAUGUUUUUAUGGAUUUCAAAUAGCAAUGGAAAAUAUUCAUUCGGAAACUUAUUCUCUUCUUAUCGAUACUUAUAUUCGAGAUGCUCAAGAAAAGGCUCGUUUAUUUGAAGCAAUGGAACGUAUUCCUUGUAUUGAGAAAAAGGCUCAGUGGGCUUUAAGAUGGAUCCAAUCCUCUGCCUCUUUUGCUGAGCGUUUAGUGGCAUUUGCUGCUGUAGAGGGAAUAUUUUUUUCUGGUUCUUUUUGUUCCAUAUUUUGGUUGAAAAAGAGAGGACUUAUGCCAGGAUUGACCUUCUCUAAUGAGCUUAUUUCACGUGAUGAAGGUUUGCAUUGUGACUUUGCAUGUUUACUAUAUUCCUUGCUGCCUGAGAAGCUACCUCGUGAGACUAUUGAAGCUAUUAUCGUCGAUGCAGUAUCUUGUGAAAAAGAGUUUAUUUGUGAGUCAUUACCGGUAGCAUUGAUAGGAAUGAAUAGUGAUAUGAUGAGUCAGUAUAUUGAGUUUGUUGCGGAUCGUUUGUUGGUUGCUUUGGGAUAUGAGAAAUAUUUCCAGUCUCGAAAUCCGUUUGAUUGGAUGGAACUCAUUUCUUUGGAAGGAAAGACCAACUUUUUUGAGAAGCGAGUGGGAGAAUAUCAAAAGGCUGGUGUAGUGAACGAUAGUGGAGAAGCGCAAGAGUUUCGUUUGGAUGCAGAUUUUUGAAAUGAUACUUUUUGGCACAUCAGUCAUCCUUUUUUUUGUAGAGAAAUAAAGAGUCGAAAUGUAUAUCUUUAUGAAAUGGAUGACAACGCAAUGUUAUGUU